AUUAUUGAGUGUUGAUUUUUUUGAAAAAAAAAAUGGCUCCGAAGAAGAACCCCACCAUAGAAACCCUACCCCCAAAAAUCCUUCCAUCUGAAUCGCCCCCAAAAAUGCAUUCGACUAUUUCUGCUCUAACUGCACACACAGCAGGGGAGGGAACAGUAGACGACGCUGCCGCCGGGGUCCGGGAGAGGCUCCGGCGGCACCAGACAGAGGUCGCCGCCGGCCGUGUCUGGAUACCGGAGAUUUGGGGCGAGGAGGACUUCCUCAAGGACUGGAUUGAUUGCUCCGCCUUCGACGCCGCCCUCGCCGCCACCCCGAUCCUGUCCGCCAGGGAGGCGCUGGUGGAGGAAGGCCGCCGGACCAGGGCGAACUCCGGCGCCGGAAUCAGAGUCGAGAGUUCCGGCCGACGGCGACGGUGAUGGGCGUACGGUUACCAGUUUUAUUUUUCGAAAUUUUAUUUCUGUUGAUAAAUCACUUGUUGAUAUUUUCUAAUGAAAUUAAUUAAUUAUCAAAAUAUUUCAUCAUAUCAUUUA